AUGCAUCACAGCUUCAACGCUUUCAAUGCCUACAGCACUGUGUAUUUGUGUCUAAGGUUGGUUCAGCUGCGUCACUACAACAAGUCCUCAGUCUCUUACAGCCCAUUCAUUAUCGUUCUUGUUAGCUCUGCUACCUUUCUGUUUCUCUCACCCAAUACCUUCAAACACUCAAGUCAAAAUAUGAACAAAUAUCGUCCUCUUUUUCUUCCGCUUCUCGUCGCCCAGUCGAUAGCCUGGACUAUAGCAAUACCAGGCGUCUCGCAAGUCGAGUUUCCGACUCAGCCUGCUGCUGGUCUUUCUUCUGCCGAGACAGAGCCACUGCCUUCCGAAACUCCCUCGAUACUCACUCUGGAAAUGCCAGCUACAAUUAAUCUUACGACAGCGGCCUCUCCUACACCCAUGUCGCUGUCGAUUCCGUCCUCAUGGAGCAGCUACUUGGUAACAUCCGCAGCGAAUUCCAGCGUUGUGGUACCAGCCCAGACCUCCAGCAUCGGCACUACAGUGCGUUCGAAUUUCUCCGAGACAGUCGCGGUCCCUGAUGGUAUCACCACGAAAACAAUAUACACCACGGAGUAUGAAAUAAGGACUGUGGAUCCUGAAAUCUUUUCUUUGAUCGUGGAAAAAUAUGGCUCAAACACCAUCAAGCAUUCCUAUAUCCUCUUGCCAGACAUUACCAGCCCGCCCGUGCCCUCCAUCACUGGUCCAUCGUUGAUCUCCACGGGUAUAUCCGCACCUCAGACUGCAGCAAGCUUAGCGAAUGUUUCGACAGACGCCACACCAUCCACAUUACCUUCCCCCACAUUACCAUCCCCCAUAUCACCACCGCCAAUAUCACCCUCCCCCACAUCACCCUCGCCCGUAGCCAGCUCUGGCGUGAUCCCAACGCAAGCCCCGGUCUGUACAUUACCCAUCAUCGCUCCGUAUGGAAGCCCUCGUUUCUCCCAAGCCUCCCAAGCCUCCCAAGCUGUCCAGGCCGGCCAAGCCACCGACAUAGCAGCAGACUUCACUCUGACCUACACAACUACGAUUCGUAACACAAAAACGAUUACUGUAGCAGCAAAGGGUGUUCAUACUCCCUCAAUCACAAUCGCCAUUCCAGAGCCAAGCCUUGAACCGACCCUGGGCUCUGAGUUCAAACUCGACCCCCUUCCCUCAGAUGCAUCCCUAGGUGUCGGCGUCGCAGCCGGGAACGAGCCGCAAGGAAUGAUCAUACACGGCGAAGAUGAUGAUGUGCAUGAGGACAAACCUGUCAGUGGUUAUGAGCGACCUGGUCAGUUUCUUGCGAGGCGGGAUCCGGUUGUCUCUGGACCAACGCAAUCACAGGAGCAAGGGAGAUUUGUGCACAAGAAGCUUGGGAAAGGGGUUCUGGAAGCGGCCACGGCGUCGUUAUUUCUCACCACUCUGUAUAUGAUGAUAUGGGUUGUCGGCAAUUAGCCAUGGAGAUAUUCGCUGAGGUUCUUGAUUUUGCUUUGCUUCCUAAGUUUGUAAUGAAUAGUGUGAGCGGCCCGGUUGCCGCGGAGUCUAUUCAGAAGGGUUAUCUGGUGUAUGUCCUUCGUUUACUUAUUGUUAGUUAGUUAGUUGACAUCAACUUUACAC